AUGGGGACUACUCCCCCAAUCCAGGUGUGGACGGCAUCUCCCACCCUGGGGGGCAGGGCCUCCCGUGCCAGCAGCCUAGACACCUUGCCUUGGAGCCGGGUGGCCCCGGGCAGGGCUGGUGUGAGACAGGCUCUCCGGUGGCCCAAGCCCCAAGGCCCUGCGCACUCAGCGGGUUUCCGUCCCCAGGGGGGCAACAACGCUGGCCACACCGUGGUGGUGGACGGCAAAGAGUACGACUUCCACCUGCUGCCCAGCGGCAUCAUCAACACCAAGGCCGUGUCCUUCAUCGGUGAGUGCCCGCCGCCCAGGGGCCCCCCGGCCAGGGUGGGGGGCUGUCGGGGUGAGCCAGGCAGUGGGAGAGCUGGGAGCUGGGGGUGGCCCGGGCCCCACAGCCGCGUCCCCCCACCCCACCCCGUGCAGGGCUUUGCCGAGAGGAUCCGGCCCAUGGUCCGCGACGGCGUGUACUUCAUGUACGAGGCGCUGCAUGGCCCCCCCAAGAAGAUCCUGGUGGAAGGCGCCAACGCCGCGCUGCUGGACAUCGACUUCGGGACCUACCCCUUUGUGACGUCCUCCAACUGCACGGUGGGCGGCGUGUGCACGGGGCUGGGCAUCCCGCCCCAGAACGUGGGCGACGUGUACGGCGUGGUGAAGGCCUACACCACACGCGUGGGCAUCGGCGCCUUCCCCACCGAGCAGAGCACACGCAUGUCCACGCGACCCUGCUCCCCCGGGUGCUGCAGGCAGGGGGGGGCGUGGAGGAGGCCGACAGCGCGAGCACUUGGCCCGCAGCCUCUCCACUGUGUCCUCGGCUCCGACAGGCUGGCCCUGACGAAGCUGGACAUCUUGGACGCCCUGGACGAGAUCAAGGUCGGCAUCGCCUACAAGCUGAACGGGAAAAGGAUCCCCUAUUUCCCAGGUACGAGGGGAGGCGGCUUCCCGCCCUGGCAGCUGCACUGGCGCCCGACCCACCAGCGACUCCAGGGUCCCCGACUCGCCCUACUGGCCCUGACCUUUGAGAGGGCGCAGCACAAGUGUGGUGUGACCCCAGGGUCAGGGCCGGGGUGGCCGGCUUGUUCCAGCAUCUUCCAUCAGUAA